ACAACACAAACACAAACACACAAACAGCUACAAAACAAAUCUACCAAAAGACACAACACGAGUUCUCGGCAGAUCAACUGUUUUCCUCUUUUCUCCAAAUACGUGUUCAUCAGUGGCGUCUUGUCACUAAACCCACUUGUCCAGUUUCUUCUACAUUUAUAUGCACAACACACCAUGGAACCCGUCAAUGGAGGAUCCGUACAGAUCCAGAGCGAGAAUGGGUCUCGAAAGCUUCCCAAUUUCUUACAGAGCGUGAACAUGAAAUACGUCAAGCUCGGUUACCAUUACCUGAUCACUCAUCUCCUCAAGCUCUGUCUGGUUCCGUUAAUGGCUGUCCUAAUCACCGAGAUCUCUCGUCUAACCCCAGACGACUUUCACCAGAUUUGGCUUCAUCUCCAAUACAACCUCGUCGCGUUCAUCCUCCUCUCCGCUUUAGCCGUCUUCGGCUCCACCGUCUACAUCAUGACCCGACCCAGAUCCGUUUACCUCGUCGACUACUCUUGUUACCUCCCUCAAGAGAGUCUCCAAGUCCCUUACAAGAAGUUCAUGGAUCACUCUGCCCUCAUCGAAGCUUUCAACGACUCUUCUCUCGAGUUUCAGCGCAAGAUUCUCGAGAGAUCCGGUUUGGGAGAAGAGACGUAUCUCCCCGAGGGUUUGCACUGCGUCCCGCCUCGUACCACGAUGGCGGCGGCGCGCGAGGAGGCUGAGCAGGUUAUGUUUGGUUGUCUCGACAAACUUUUCGAGAAUACCAAGAUUAACCCUAGGGAUAUCGGUGUGUUGGUGGUGAACUGUAGCUUGUUUAACCCGACUCCUUCUUUGUCCGCCAUGAUUGUUAACAAGUAUAAGCUUAGAGGGAACGUUAAGAGUUUCAAUCUUGGUGGGAUGGGGUGUAGUGCUGGUGUUAUCUCUAUUGAUUUAGCUAAAGAUAUGUUGCAAGUUCAUAGGAACACUUAUGCUGUUGUGGUUAGCACUGAGAACAUUACUCAGAACUGGUAUUUCGGUAAUAAGAAGGCAAUGCUGAUCCCUAAUUGCUUGUUCCGGGUCGGUGGAACGGCGGUUUUGCUUUCCAACAAGGCUAGUGAUCGUAGACGGUCCAAGUACAAGAUGGUUCACACGGUGAGGACUCACAAAGGAGCUAAUGAGAAGGCUUUCAAUUGUGUUUAUCAAGAACAGGAUGAUAAUGGUCAAACCGGAGUUUCUUUGUCGAAAGAUCUUAUGGCUAUCGCUGGGGAAGCGCUUAAGGCGAACAUCACUACUUUGGGUCCUUUGGUUCUUCCUAUAAGUGAGCAGAUUCUGUUUUUUGUGACUUUGGUUUGGAAGAAGUUGUUUAAUGCUAAGAUGAAGCCUUAUAUCCCUGACUUCAAGCUUGCAUUUGAUCAUUUCUGUAUCCAUGCUGGUGGUAGAGCUGUGAUCGAUGAGCUUGAGAAGAAUCUGCAGCUUUCUCAAACACAUGUCGAGGCGUCCAGGAUGACCUUGCACAGAUUUGGGAAUACUUCUUCGAGCUCUAUUUGGUAUGAGCUGGCUUACAUAGAAGCCAAAGGCAGGAUGAAGAAAGGGAACAGGGUUUGGCAGAUUGCUUUUGGAAGUGGGUUUAAGUGUAACAGUGCGGUUUGGGUUGCUCUGCACAAUGUCAAGCCUUCGGUUAGUAGUCCUUGGGAACACUGCAUUGACCGAUACCCGGUUAAGCUUGACUUCUGAUUCAAUCAUAAAACCAUUUUAUUUGGUGUCAUUUGUGGUUAGUCCUCCUAGUAAGUCUACUACUUCGUUCUCUCUGUCUUAAUUAUUGUUUUUUUUUUCUUUUCUCCUAAUUGGCUUGUCCGUUGAAUGUGAUGCUUCUUGGAUUAUUACUCUCACGUUGAGUUCUAUGGCAUUACUUAUUGACAUACUGGUUGGAACAAAUAAUAAGACUUUAUGGACUUGAUUCCCUUGCAAUA